AUGGGAAACUGCUUCUCCGAAGUUGCGGCAGGCCGCGCAGCCAUCGGCGGCACCGCCGGCGAUUUCCGCAAUCUUGCCGGUGCUUCAAACGACGCCGUCGAGAACUUCCUCAGGUGUCGCGGCUACCACGGCCUCUUCUCUCAGAUCGAGUUGUCGUUUUCCGCUUCAGGCUUGCGUGAUCGUGAUGUGCUUUUCAAGGUUCGUUUCCGUCGGUUAAGCGUUUCGUGA